AUGGACAUGGCGCGUGGCUCGCGCCGAGCUCGCCAUGUAGCUGCCAACGCCAACGCCAACGCCGACGCCAACGCCAACGCCGACGCCAACGCCAACGCCAACGCUAAUGCUUCACCCGACGUCGACGACAGACGGCGCCAUGAACCACGACCACAACCGCGCGACUCGAUCCAUGCCGACGCCGCACAGACACUCCAACUACCCUACGAUUCAAACACCGACGUGACGAGGAGAGGACACGUCGCGCCGCCGGUGGUCAGGAGGCACCAGGUUACGCCGAAUCAUCUGCAUCGGACACCGGAGCAGCUUGGGAGCCAGCGGAACCAAGAAGGCUUGCAGCCGGGCGUGGCGGGACCGCCGCCGCAUCCCUUUCGGCUGCACAGGAGUGAGUUUGAUCCUUUCCCCGACGUCUUGUUGUUCGGCAUGCCGGGUGCUUCUGGGUUCGAGAGAGGAUCGGUUCUGUAA